GUUUUCGAACUAAUAAUGUAUAUAUUUAAAAUUGAAAACAGUUUGAGAGAUUUCAAAUUUGUUUUAGUGGUUAUAAACGAAGAAAACAAUGCGUUGGCGGAAAAGGCUUUUGAAGUUGCAAAGGAAUACGUGAGGAGAAAUCCGAGUUUGGGAUUGGCAGUUGACCCUGUUAUAGUGGUCGGUAACCGAUCCGACUCUAAAAGUUUUCUGGAAAAUGUUUGCAGGAAAUACAAUGACAUGCUUUCGGCAAAGAAAACGCCGCACGUUGUCCUAGAUUUCACAAUGACCGGGGUGGGUUCGGAGACGAUGAAAUCUUUUACCGCGGCACUGGCCCUGCCCACUAUUUCUGGCUCGUUUGGACAAGCCGGUGAUUUGCGACAAUGGCGUUCGCUUGACGGCAACCAGACGAAGUUUUUACUACAAAUCAUGCCACCAGCUGAUAUCCUACCCGAAUCCAUAAGGGCGGUCGUCUCUAAACAGGAUAUUACGAAUGCCGCUAUUAUUUUCGAUGAGCUAUUUGUGAUGGAUCACAAAUACAAAUCCCUCCUGCAAAACAUUCCGACGCGGCACGUAAUUACACCGGUAAAAAGUUUUAAUAAAGACGACAUAAAAACCCAACUAAGGAGUUUACGAGAGUUGGACAUUGUCAACUUUUUCGUCAUCGGCAGUUUAAGGACGAUAAAAAAUGUAUUAGAUGCAGCAGAUGAGAAUCAGUAUUUUGGAAGAAAAACCGCUUGGUUUGCAUUAUCGUUGGAUAAAGGCGACAUAAGUUGCGGUUGUAAAGAUGCUACUAUCGUUUAUAUGCGACCGACGCCGGACGCUCAAAGCAGAGAUCGUCUUGGCAAGAUCAAAACCACAUACAGCAUGAACGGGGAGCCUGAAAUCACCUCUGCUUUUUACUUCGACCUGUCUCUGCGCACGUUUUUAGCUAUAAAAUCACUCCUGGACUCUGGCAAGUGGCCAAAUGACAUGAAAUAUAUAACUUGUGAUGAUUACGACGGCAAGAAUACACCAAACAGGACCUUGGACCUACGAAACGCAUUUCAAGAGGUUAAAGAAACACCGACGUAUGCGCCGUUUUUUAUACCAGAAGAUGAUCCAAUGAAUGGUAGGAGCUACAUGGAGUUUAACACGGAUUUAUCGGCCGUGACAGUCAAAGAUGGGGCCUCGAUAGGCAGCCGAUCAUUAGGGUCUUGGAAGGCUGGUCUCUCGAACCCUUUGUCGUUGACUGACCCUGACAACAUGAGCGAUUACUCUGCGCAGCUUGUCUACAGAGUCGUGACGGUGGAGCAACAACCGUUUAUUAUCAAAGAUGACGAAGCUCCGAAAGGUUUCAAAGGGUACUGCAUCGAUUUAAUCGAAGAAAUCCGACAAAUAGUUAAAUUCGAUUAUGAAAUCGUGAUGGCACCGGACGGGAACUUCGGUACUAUGGACGAAAACGGUAAUUGGAACGGCAUCAUCAAGGAGUUGAUCGAGAAAAGGGCAGAUAUAGGUCUGACGUCACUAUCUGUUAUGGCCGAGAGGGAGAACGUAGUAGAUUUCACAGUUCCGUACUACGAUUUAGUUGGGAUCACUAUACUGAUGAAAUUGCCAAGGACGCCGACCUCUCUUUUCAAAUUUCUGACGGUUUUGGAGAAUGACGUCUGGCUUUCAAUACUUUCUGCUUAUUUUUUUACAAGCUUCCUCAUGUGGGUUUUUGACAAAUGGAGUCCAUAUAGCUAUCAAAAUAACCGGGAAAAGUAUAAAGACGACGAAGAAAAGAGAGAGUUUACUCUCAAAGAAUGUCUAUGGUUCUGUAUGACGUCAUUGACUCCUCAGGGAGGAGGGGAAGCCCCGAAAAAUCUGUCAGGAAGAUUGCUCGCAGCGACAUGGUGGCUAUUCGGAUUCAUAAUAAUAGCAUCUUAUACCGCGAAUCUGGCUGCCUUCCUCACCGUGUCUAGACUGGACACUCCCAUAGAGUCCCUGGAUGACCUCUCCAAACAGUAUAAGAUCCAAUAUGCUCCUCUAAAUGGUUCCUCAGCCAUGACGUAUUUUGAAAGGAUGGCGAAUAUUGAAGUUAGAUUUUAUGAGAUAUGGAAGGAGAUGAGUCUUAAUGACAGUUUGAGUGACGUGGAGCGAGCAAAACUGGCCGUGUGGGACUAUCCUGUCAGCGACAAAUACAGUAAAAUGUGGCAAGCGAUGAAAGAAGCCGGACUUCCGAACUCCAUUGAAGAAGCAGUGCAGAGAGUUAGAGAUUCCAAAAGUUCAAGUGAGGGCUUCGCUUGGCUUGGUGACGCUACUGAUGUGCGAUACCAUGUAUUGACGAGCUGCGAUCUUCAGAUGGUUGGCGAUGAGUUUUCAAGGAAACCGUAUGCUAUAGCUGUGCAACAAGGGUCGCCGUUGAAGGACCAGUUUAACAAUGCAAUACUUCAACUCCUCAACAAAAGGAAGCUGGAGAAACUGAAAGAGAACUGGUGGACGAACAACCCUAACGCUAUGAAAUGCGAAAAGCAGGAUGACCAGUCUGACGGCAUCUCCAUCCAAAACAUUGGCGGGGUGUUCAUAGUCAUCUUCAUGGGCAUCGGGUUGGCCUGCAUCACUCUUGGCGUAGAGUACUGGUGGUACAAGUGGAGGAAGCGCUCCACCAUCGGUGACGUCACUCAGGUGGAACCAGCAAAAACGACGAGGAAUAACGAAAAUAUUGGUAUUCUUAAAGGUGAAGGAUUCUCGUUCAGAUCUAAAACUUUAGGUCUUUCAAACUUAAAAUCUAGAUUUUAACAUAAAAUAGAGUAAUCAAGUAAUGAUCUCAAUUUAAGUGAUAUUAAAUUAUAUUAGGUAAAUGAAGGUAUUUUUUACGUAUUUUAAUGAAUUUCCGCAUUUAAGUUAGGUGCUGCUCCUUUAACGUAUUUGUGCAAGUGUGUGUG